AUGGCCUCCACCUCGACGUCGGACCGCAAGACGGCCAUCAUCACUGGGUCCACCAGCGGCAUCGGUCUGGACCUCGCCCGCGACCUCCGCGCCAAGGGCUGGAACGUCGCCAUCUCGGGCCGCCGCGAAGCCAGCCAGGGCGAGGCGAUAGCCAAGAGCCUCGACGAGAGCGGCGACGCGUCGCUAUACUGCCGGGCCGACGUGGCCUCGUAUGCGGACCAGGCCGAGCUCUUCCGGCGGUCGUGGGCCAGGUGGGGGCGGCUGGACCUGUUCGUAGCCAACGCCGGCGUGGUGGACGAGGGGCCCACGAGCCGAUACAACCUGCUGCGCAAGGACGCCGCGGUGGACGACGUGCCGCCCGAGCCCGGCCUGGGCUGCACCGACGUCAACUUCAAGGGCGUCGUGUACGGCACGGAGCUGGCGCAGCACUACAUGCGCCACAACAAGCCCGGCAAGGGCGGCAAGAUCAUCGUCACCGGCAGCAUCGCCGGCCUCUUCCCGCUGCCCACGUACCCCGAGUACUCGUCGGCAAAGGCGGCCGUGUCGCAGUGGGUGCGCGUCAUGGCCCCCAUGCUCAAGCUGCACGACGACAUCACCAUCAACUGCGUGCUGCCCAACGGGUACGACACGGCGAUUCUGCCGGGGUUUAAGGAGGCCUAUUUGGACGAGCAUCUCACCAAGCGCGACUGCAUGAUGAGAGCCUACUUCACCUUCAUCGACGAUGAGACAAACUCCAAAACGGGCCAAAACGUCGAGACGGCCUACGACAGCCUCUACUUUCACGAAAAGCCGGCGCCCAAGAAUGAAGUCGUCAAGAGGACCGAAAAGGUGUACGAGCCGUGGUUCGAGUAUGCUCACGGCACCCGCAGCGGGCUCGAGACGGCCAUCAAAGAGCCGAUGAGGACUGGUGUUUGA